GCCCACAGCAGCUGUGGAUGUCACUGUGGUGAGCAAACAGAAGAAAAGGAGAAACACAGCAGAAACACACACACAAAUCUGAAGACCUAAAGCACAACCAAAAUCUUCGUGCAAAACAUUACAAUACAACAACAAUAACAACAAGUGUGCAACGCUAAAAAAAACAAUCAAAUAUAACCAGAAGUGCAGCAUAGUGAUGCGUACCUGUCGCCGUCGUCGUCGAGUGUGAUCCGAGUGUGAGUGCAUAAUUUACAGUUUGGCCUUCCUUCCCCUGCGCGCAACACCAACAACAAAGGCAUCGUGAACGACUCACACGCUUACGCACACACACAUACUCACGCGCAGCACACACAGACGCGCGCACGCACGCAUACUAAGCCAAAAGAGCCAUAGACGUUGUGUAUGUGUAUGUCUGUCUAUAUAUACACGGAUGUACAUAUGCGCAUAGAUUGCGAUAUUUGCGAUUGUGUUUUGUCACCAAUUAACAAUAACAAUAACAACUACAACGACAACGACAACAACAAGUAAAUAACAACAAAAUUUGAAAUGGGCCUGCUACUAUCGCGUUUAUGGCGCAUGUUUGGCAACGAGGAGCACAAACUGGUAAUGGUUGGCCUCGACAAUGCGGGCAAAACAACAAUACUCUAUCAGUUUCUGAUGAACGAAGUGGUCCACACGAGUCCAACGAUUGGCUCCAAUGUCGAGGAGGUCGUCUGGCGGAAUAUUCACUUUCUUGUCUGGGAUUUGGGUGGACAGCAGAGUUUGCGGGCGGCAUGGAGCACUUACUAUACGAAUACAGAGCUGGUCAUUAUGGUGAUCGAUUCAACGGAUCGGGAACGUUUGGCUGUCACACGGGAGGAACUGUAUCGCAUGCUGCAGCAUGAGGAUUUGAGUAAGGCAAGUCUGUUGGUGUAUGCCAAUAAGCAGGAUCUCAAGGGUGCUAUGUCGGCGGCGGAAAUCUCAAGGCAAUUGGAUCUGACGUCGAUUAAGAAGCAUCAGUGGCACAUACAGGCGUGUUGUGCGCUAACCGGCGAGGGAUUGUAUCAGGGACUCGAAUGGGUUGCACAGCGCAUUAAAAACAAAUGACACGUCACGUCGUCGUGACGGACGGACAUCGAACGGAUGCACCGAGCAGGGGGCCUAGCUUAUAGUGUUAAUCAUUUAAUUUAGACAAAUAAAUCAAUUUUUAUAUAUGUAUACUAAAAAACUAAACUAAACUAUGUAAAGACAUCAGCUCUAAUUAUAAUGUGAAAUCUGAUAGUGUUUGUUAAAAACGAAAUCAUCUUGUUUGUUGCAAAGAGCAAAGCAAGGCAAAAGCCAAAAUCAACUUUUGAAAAUCAGUGCUUUAGUUUUUAAACUCCCACACACGCAUCGCCCUCAAAACAAAACAAAAAACAUAAAUCAUUGUUUAAUUAAGCUAUGCUAAUUUGUAAGAUGGAAUCAGCCAAUUAAAUACUUCCAAUAAAUUUAUAAAAUAAACAAGUUUAUUUCCCAAA